CCAGCCCCUGCUUUGAAGGAUACAAAAUGUACCAGAGUUUGGCUCUUGCCGCUAACCCCGGCCAGUUGGCGUACUCCCACAACUCCAACAAUUUCCUGCAUUCACCGCCCAGCCCGGCCGUCUACGUGUCCACCAGCCAGGUACCCUCCAUGCUGCAGAGCCUGCCUAACCUGCAGAGUUGUGAACCUGCCCAUCAGAGCCAUCCCCUGAGUGGCCACCCAGGCUGGGCACAGGCAGCUGGCGCCAAUGCAUCCCACUUCAAUGCCAACAGCCCUCACCCGCCGUCGAGCUUUUCCUAUUCUCACAGUCCCCCGUUGGGUGGCAACGCUGGGCGAGAGGGGAGUUACCAAAGCCUGCUCUUGCUCUCUGCCGGCGGCCGUGACCAGUAUGGCAAUGCCCUGGUGCACUCGGUCAAUGGAUCCUAUGCUGGUCCUUACCCUGGCACCUACGUCAGCCUCACAGAGAUGCUGCCGUCUUGGACAGUGGGGCACUUUGAAAGCAGCGUCUUGCACAGCCUCCAGACACGGCAGGGGACCUUGCCUUGCAGGAGAUCCACGUUUGAGUAUUUGGAAGAAUUCCCAGGCGAUGGCAGAGAAUGUGUCAACUGCGGGGCUAUGUCCACCCCGCUCUGGAGGAAGGACGGCACUAGGCACUACCUGUGUAACACCUGUGGGCUCUAUCACAAAAUGAAUGGCAUUAACCGGCUUCUCAUCAAACCACAGAAAAGACUGUCCUCCUCAAGAUGGGCAGGUCUCUGUUACACCAACUGUCAUACCACCAAUACGACGCUCUGGAGACAAAAUGCCGAGGGGGAGCCCAUAUGCAACGCGUGUGGAUUAUACAUGAAACUCCAUGGGGCAAGGCCUCUGGCAAUGAAGAAGGAAAGCAUCCACACAAGGAAGAGGAAACCUAAAAAUAUAGCCAAAGGCAAAUCUUCAACAGGGUCCACCACUUCAACCACCGAUUCUCCUUCUUCCAUUACAAACUCUGAAAGCACCAUUACUUUAAAAACAGAACCCACUGUGACAUCACUUUUGAAGAAAAAGACACAAAGGAUGUGGGUUUUGUGUUAA